UCGGUAAACAAUAAAGUUUGUUGCUGUUUGAUCCGCGUUCUGUCCCAAAAUUUUUGAUUCCUUCCGUUUUUGGUCCGUAUUUCGCAAUAAGUUUCGUGAUCGUGCGUAAUAACUUAUUUUGCUUCUCGCGCUGAUAACAAAGUUCAUCUCCCGGGUGGAUGAUAGUGACGACCUGUGCUUGAGAGUGCGCGCGCGGAUAAUGAAAAGAAUGUCUUCGUCGGCGACGCCAGAAGAGUAUCAGGACGCGAUGGCCAAGGUCACGCUGGUGGAGCGCAAUCCGUGCCCAAACGGAACUCAGAUCGUGUCGAUGUACCGGAGUGGCCGUCGCGAGGCCGAGGACAUUGUGCAGUUGGCGAAGGACAUUCAGUCGGCGGACAUUCAGGUGGAGAACAAUGCCUGCGCGAAGCUGUUGGUGAUCGCCGAGCAGGUUAAAUUCCUUCAGGAGCAGGCUCGGAAGAUUCUGGAAGAGACGCAAGCGGCCCAGGAGCUGCACCAUGCGGCGUGCAACUUUAAGAAGAUCCCGGGCCACAUCUAUCACCUGUACCGGCGGGACAGCGGCCAGACGUACUUCAGUAUGCUCUCGCCGGAGGAGUGGGGCAGCAAUUCGACGACACAAAUUUAUGUCGGCAGUUACAGGCUGGAGCACGACCUUACCUGGACGCCCAUUGAACGAUUACAGCAGGUAAGCGACAGUUUGCAGUGGGCUCGCCAGCUGCUGGAAAGUUCCGCCUCGAAGCGGGCCAAUCUGCUUUCGUUGGACAAGGUGAGCGCCGCCGAUGAGAAGAUGGAAAGCUAGAUGGUAGUAAUUGCUAGCAUAAUGUACUAUAAUAAAUCAAACUAUUUUGCACUACUCAA